UCUUCUUCCCUCUCUCGGGCACAAGGACUCAGCAACCAUGAAACUCCUCAUCCUCACCUGCCUCAUGGCUGCUGCUCUUGCUAUGCCUAAACUUCAUCACAGAAAUGCAGUAAACAUUCAAAAUCAAUACCAGGACAGCUCUGAGGAACAACAGGAGUCUGUCAAACUGCCUAUUUAUCUCAAGUUCACUGAGAAAUUCUUCAAUGACCUGAACAAACAGAGAGCUAUUCUGACAGAACAGAGUGAUGAAAUCAAGCAAACUAUGAAUGAACCAACUGAGGAACAAGCAAUGGCAAGCGCUCAGCAGGCAGUCGCCAGCGCCAGCUCAUCAAGCGAGGAAACUGUGAAUGCUAUUUCCAAUGUCAAUGAGGAACAGCUUAAGAGACAGAUCAAAUGCAACCAACAAUGCCAGGUAAUAUUUUAUUCACUAUAA